UAUCUGUCGUACCUCUUUGUUUGAUUCGAAUUACGUUUUAUAUAUGGCCGCGUUGUAUACGUGCGCCACACAUCGUAAUAUUUGCUCUCAUUGUCUGUGGUUGUGCGUGUUCGUUAUACACGAACACCAUUUAUUGCGCGCUGCACAAAUGUCUGUGUAUGUUUGCCCAACAGUCAAAUCACGCACCAGCAUCAUCAUCAUCACAACUCACGCACGAUACGUCGUUGUGAGGUUAGUUCAGUUCAGUCGAUUUGACACAUUAAAAUCAAUCUGUCAAAGUCAAUACGUUCCAAAUAAAAAAACAGUGACUCAAAAGCAAAACCAAGACACAAUUACUCAAGCAUACACCAAAUUUAUUGUGAAAUAAAUUGAACUGUCGACCAUGCAUUUUGGAGAUUAACACCAAUCUUGGUUUUGUUUAUCGUUGUUCGUUUACACGGAGUUAUUUUAAAUUAAGAGAAAAGUUGCCAAUUCCAUUGGUUCACUAGGCAAACGUAGUCAAUUUUAUAGAUUGCAUUCAAAUCCAAAGUGAAAGCAAUGAAAAUGAAAACGGGCUUUCGAAACACACAAUGGGAUCCAUUGCUGCUAAUAGCACAGAUUAUAGCUGUUCAAUCGCUUCUGUAUGUCAGUUUGGGCUUCAUUAUGGCAUUUAUGGAUGUUUUUGUCGGGGCUAAUCAUACACUAGACCACCUGUUCCAAUACCAUGAAAUUCACGUCACAGACUCGGGCGGUCGAUCAGUGAUCCUGUCAUUUGUUCUGAAUGCAUUCGUCGGUGCGCUGGCGCUGCGAUUUAUUGUUGGUCGUACGAAACUCUGCUUAGAUUUUACAUGUACAUAUCAUUUUGCGCAUUUGUUCAUUUGUUGGGUGUACAAUGGUGCAUUUCCCUCAACAUUCUCAUGGUGGUUCUUGAACGCAGUUUGUGCCACCGUUAUGUGUGUCUUCAGUGAAUUCCUGUGUUUAAGAAUUGAACUCAAGGAAAUUCCCGUCGGAUAUACACCGCUCGAUACAAAGGCUGACUUAUGAAAACACUUCCAGUGUGAUUUGGUUGCCACAACAACAACAACAACAAACGACACACUUGAAAAUCCAAUCCAAUCCGAUGAAAUACAUAGCAUUAAGGAUCAAACGUGAUAAUUUAUUUGUUAAAAAAAUGAACUCUUGAAUCUGUAGUCAAUAAGUUGUAAGAAAAAAGAGGAAAAAAAUAUAAUAAAAUAUUUUCAAUACUAACACACACACA